AGUUUUGAGCUUUGGUGCGUUUCCAGCAAACAAACACGAACUCCUACGUUUCUCGGAUCCGUUCGCACUGUUCUGAUCUCCAUCUGUGAUGGUUAGUCCUCAUUCUCAAUAGGAUACUGUAAAAUCGAGGACGAAACAAGUCAUGGUCCGUGACAUGAACUAUCGAAGGGAGAAUCGUGCAUCGAGAACAUCUCUCUUCGACGGACUCGAUGGACUUGAGGAAGGUCGCUUGAGGGCUUCCUCUUCUUACUCUCAUGAUACCACCGAACGAGACAAUGACGAAGCGCUUGAAAGUCUUCAGGACAGAGUAUCAUUUCUAAAGAGAGUGACUGGAGACAUACAUGAGGAAGUUGAGAGUCAUAACCGCAUGCUUGACAAAGUGGGUAACAAAAUGGACUCUGCGAGGGGAAUAAUGUCAGGAACAAUCAACCGUUUCAAGUUGGUCUUUGAGAAGAAGUCGAAUCGAAAAAGUUGCAAACUCAUAGCGUAUUUUGUGCUCCUGUUCUUGGUCAUGUAUUACCUUAUUAGACUAUUAAACUACAUCAGAGGGUGAACUUGGAUGCAGGAAGAAAGUAGAUUGUUACAUCAAUACUCAAUUCGUUUCAUUUUUGGGUUUCUUCUGAUGAAUGAUUCAGGCAAAUUGAACUAGUCAAGGGACCCAUGUUAAAAACAAGGUCAAGAAGAGAUUUUUGUCAAGAGACUAAUGAACCGAAAGAAAAGGGUAGAUAGAAGCACGUUUUUUUUUGGUCCCAAGCACGUGUAAUAAUAAUGUUCAUGAAUUGCCAACUAUUUAGAUCACCAACAAACAAGGUCUUGGACCGCGUGUUAGCAACUGUCUACCAAAAGCUUAAUUGAUAAGUUUAAUUAUUACC